GUGUGUAUAGCCGUACUUCGUACAAAAGCCGUGAUGUGUGUGUACACCUCACAGGUCUUUAACCCAGUGAUAGGGUAGAGUCCCCCUGACGUCGUGACCAUCUCUCUCCACGCUUCUACAGCUCAGAGCAACUGCUUCAACACUCCGUUCCCUCCCGACCCUCGCUCCCGUGACAAGCACUGAGACAGGAUCGCAGCACGCGCUCCCAGCAAGCAUGGCAUGUGGACGGGCAAGCCCAACGCGGUUACGAAGGGAUUUAAAAGAAAUCUCUCAACCAAGAAAUUUGAAGAUAAAUGCAAGAAGAGCCGGACCUUUUAUCAGUUUGAGAUUAUAAAUAUAGAUAAGCGAGGCUGUGGGGCUCAUUUGGAUUCUGAUAGUGCGCAGGUCGGUGCUGUGUGCCCUCUGGACGGACUGGAGUAUUGGACCUGUUUGCUUACAGUAGAGAAAGGUUCGACAUCCUUACCUAGUCUUCGGUCAUGGACGAAAAGGGAGCUAACUCCUACCGGUUCACGGAGGGUGGCAACGGCCAGGUUGUACCCAGCGUGUCCUACAAAAGCUCGCAGAAAAUGACGGGAAGGGAGAAGGUGAUGUUGUGUUUCUCAGUCUUCCUCGCCAUCUGCACCUUCACCCUCAUCAUCGGCCUCAUCGUUAAACUGGAGACGAAGACAACGUCCGAUUGCUCCUCUGGGUCUACAAGCACCGUGUCUCAGAAUGGUCAAGGCGCUGCACAGAAUCAGGGCCAGGUGCCACCAACAACGAAAGCUUCCUCCGGUCAAAGUGGUCAAGGCGCUGGACAGAAUCAGGGCCCGGUGCCACCAACAACGAAAGCUCCUUCCGGUCAAAAAGCAGCCUGCACUUCAAAAGAUUGCGUCAGGGAAGCCGCCAGCCUCAUAAACGCCAUAGACUUCACCGUUGAUCCAUGUGAAAACUUCUAUGAGUUUGCCUGCGGGAACUGGAUGCGGAGUCGAACCAUCCCGGACGACAAGUCAGCAUACCAGAGGUUCACCGAGGUCCGGGAUAGCGUCCAGCUCAAACUGAAAGUUGAGUUGGAGAAACCCAUCACCUCAAACGACAUUGAAGCGGUACGGAAGGUCAAGGUCAUGUACAAGUCUUGCAUCGAUGAAGAUACGAUCACCAAGAAGGGAAUUCACGUGACAGACGCAUUGAUCCGUGAGCUCGGCGGUUGGCCGGUGGCGGGAGGGUGGGAUCAGUCCAAAUAUAAUUUUGUUGACCUCCUGAUUAAGCUGGGCCUGUACAAUAACAUGGUCCUCAUCGAUACCGGCGUGUCCCCCGACGACAAGAACUCCUCUGUCCAUAUCAUUGUGAUUGACCAGGCUCAGCUUGGUAUGCCGUCACGUGACUACUACCUCAAGCCGCGAAACGAUGAACACGUCAUGGUGUACCAAAACCUGGCCACUGAUGUCGCCGUCUUGUUCGGAGCUGACCGGACAGAGGCUGAACAGCAGAUGAAGGACAUGGUGGACUUUGAAAUCACCAUUGCUAACCUGACUCUGGCCCAGGCUGAGAGGAGAAACAUGGACAAGCUGUACCAUCGCAUGACCGUCAAGGAACUGACAGACUCGAUUCCCGGGUUUGACUGGCUACGGUAUCUGAAGGGCAUGUUCGGUCCCUUCAACCACACCAUCACAGACUCCGAGCAAGUCGUCGUGUACACGCCCGACUACAUCAGGAACAUGCUUCAAGUCAUCCAGAAGACGUCAGACAAGACGGUGGUCAAUUACAUGAUGUGGCGGAUCAUGAUGAACCGAGUCAACAACCUGGACGAGCGGAUCCGUGACAGCCAGAGGGACUACAACAAGGUGAUAUUCGGAACCAAACGCAUGCCACCAAAGUGGCGGAUGUGCGUGGACUACGUCAACAACAACAUGGGUGAUGCCGUGGGCAGACUCUUCAUCGACAACUACUUCGACAGAGAGGCCAAGCAAAAUGCUGUUACUAUGAUCCGGUACCUGAGAGAAGCCUUUGAAAACUUGCUGAGGAAGGCCACUUGGAUGGACGAGCAGACCCGGAAAUACGCCCUCCAUAAGGCAGAGGCAAUACUGGAGAAAAUCGGUUACCCUGACAAGAUGCUGAACGACACCGUUCUCAACGACGAGUAUGGUGAUGUUUCUUUCAACGAGACGACCUAUUUUGAGAACGUUCUGACGCUGUUGAAGGACCGCGUCAGAGAUAACGCAUUUUAUCUGCGCCUCCUGGUGGACAGGGAAGAGUGGACAACGACCCCAGCUAUUGUCAACGCGUUCUACAGCCCCAACAGAAACUCCAUCACGUUCCCAGCAGCUAUUCUUCAGCCUCCCUUCUACAGCAAGGAGUACCCCAUGUCACUUGUGUUUGGUGGGAUUGGGAUGGUCAUUGGUCAUGAAAUCACGCACGGCUUUGAUGACGAAGGUCGCCAGUACGACAUGGUGGGGAACUUCCAUCAGUGGUGGACCAACUCCUCUUUGACGAAGUUCACCAGUCUGGCCAAGUGUUUAGUGGACCAGUACUCCAGCUUUUCCAUCAACGGAGAUCACGUGAAUGGUAAGAUGACUCUUGGAGAAAAUAUGGCGGACAAUGGUGGCAUCAAGGCAUCCUUCGAGGCUUACCGGAAGUGGGUGUCGGAAAAUGGGGAGGAACCACCACUUCCGGGUUUGGAACUAUCUCACGAGCAGCUGUUCUUCGUCAACUUUGCUCAGGGAUGGUGUUCACUGAGCACUGAUGCGGCUCUUCACAACCAGAUCAUCACAGACCCACACAGUCCCUCCAAAUUCAGGGUUAUCGGUACUGUGUCAAAUUCGGACUACUUCAGAGAUGCUUUUAAAUGUACUCCCCAAACAGAGAUGAAUCCGGACAAGAAAUGUGGCGUGUGGUGAUUGGCUAUGACAUGGAGCAGUCUGAUUGGUUGAAAGUUGACGCAAUGUGAUUGGUUCACAUCUACAUGGACAUCGUGUGUUGUGAAACCUGGAUAUUAAAACAGAACAAACACUGUGAAUGUGAACAAUUCAAUGGAUAAUUGAGAUUCCAUAUGUGGAGUCACUAUAUUGACAAGUGGCAUUAAUGUGGAUGAUAUGUUUCUUAUAUAUCGAAUAUAAACAGUGCAUCAAUUUAGAAUACAAGACAAGGAAACAAAGGAACAAGAAGAUGACAAUAUGUAUAUUAUAUAUACAUAUACUGUUGAAAUUAAGUAACGGAACACAUAGUUUCGCAGCAACAAAAGCUUCAUAUCGACAUUAUUAAGACUGAAAGUGAAAUAUAUGUGGCUUAUAUCGCCACAUAAUCGGAGAGGUAUAUACUGACUUAACUGCCGUUCCCUUAUUUUUGUUCAUCAGUAUAUGUUGAUAUUAUUUGGUACUAUUGAUGUGUCCGUUCUGAUAUCUUUGUAGAACAUGUUAUUGUCAUAUGUGAUAAUAUACAUGUACGUCACGUGAGUUUAUUGUUGGUAUAACUUGUCACUGUUUCUGUUUUUGUUUAUAUCUGUUGGUUAUUGGUUUUAUGAAAAUACUUGUUUCUGGAGAAUAUUUCCUUUGUCUGAUGCUAUUCAUGUUGUUCAUCGGUUGGACGUGUUAUUAUAAGCCGAGAUAAGUUCUUGUGAAUAUGGAAAACAUUAUUAUAAAAAUAGUGGAAAAUGAAAACUGCAAAAUUAAUCAGCAAUCCGAGUUAUGGAUAGAAUGCAUAUUACCCAUUGACGUCAUUCUGAAAAAAUGACAACAGCUCAAACAGUAAGCUGGGCCCCGUCUCGCAUAUGGAAAGUUAGCGCGCGCAAAGGGGGCCGGGAACCAGCUUACUCAAGCAGUUGUUUGAACGACGUUACACAAACAAGUGAUGACGUAAUGUAAAUUUACGACAUUGGUGUGACGUUGAACAUACGCCAUCUUCUGCGUAGACUGGCAUUCUGUCUCAGCGGCUGCUUAAGGGCAAAACCAACCACUCAAUCUUCAGCGAAAUAUAUCUUUGUAGGUCUGACAUUUCGGGCGUAUAUUUUUAGCGACAUGACAAAAAGUAAGAUUGGAUGAUCUCCAUUGUCAAUAAAUAAUAAAGUCCACUCCCCUGAUGGUGUCUAUUCUCUAAUUAUUCAAUGCAUUUCGCGGGUUCAGGUACUCUAGGAGUACUCUUGUAUCCAAUAAUCUAGUUUCAAAAUAUACAGCCUUGUGGUGUAUAUAUUACGUUUAUUAACGUUUUGUUCAGUAGAUACGGUGUGCUUUUGCUUUUGUAGAGGACUUCUAUAGUAUACUUGGACUGAGACUUAUGUAUUUGUUUGUCUGGACUAGAUCAUAAUCUUACGUAUGAAUGAGCUAAGACCAAACAGCCCAGGGAGCAAUUAACAUUGGUUUAUAUUUUGCCAGUAAUGAUAAUAAUAAUCGCCAGAAUGUAUGGUCCUUGCCCUAAGCCCGACAUGCAUGUGGUUGUUAACGAAGGGGCGUAAAAUAACCUUUCACCACCCUCAGUUAUCCAGUGCACUCUCUAUCCAUUCUGUUGUUAUAAAUGCCCUGGACCUGUUUGCGAUCACACCUUUGUUUUGAGUCAUAUUCAAAUGACACGGUGGCGGUGGGGUAGCCUAGUGGUUAAAGUGUUCGCUCGUCACGCAGAAGACCCGGGUUCGAUUCCCCACAUGGGCACAAUGUGUGAAGCCCACAUCUGGUGUCACCCGCCGUGAUAUUUGCUGGAAUGUUGCUAAAAGCGGCGUAAAACUAAAGCUCAGUCAGUCAAUCAAAUGAGACGAUGCUAAAAAUAGCCGUCCAAUCAAAUAACUCCAACAAGCGAGAGAGAUUCUAUGUGAAGUUGAAAGAGAUGUGAGCUCCCGAACGAUUUUCAUGGAACGCUGUUAUAGAAUGGAGAUACAUUUCACUGGAUACCCGAGGGUGCACUUUGCUUUCAACUUGAAAUAUAACUAAAUUUAGUUAGCUCCAUGACACUAUCGAAAACUGUUCGAAUAGCAUUUCUAAACAAGGAGGCCAGCGACCAGUACCUAAAGGCUGGUAGGCCCAGUGGUUAUGAUUUGAUGUGAAGCCGCUUUUAGCAAUAUUCCAGCAAUAUCACCGCGGGGGACACCAGGAAUGGGCUUCACACAUUGUACCCAUGUGGGGAAUCGAACCCAGGUCGACGUUUUAACCACUGUUCUACCCCUAUACCUCAAUAUGAUGGGGGCGUUGUGAUAGCCUAGUGGUUAAAGCGUUCGCUCAUCACACAGAAGACCCGGGUUCGAUUCCCCACAUGGGUACUAUGUGUUAAGCUCGUUUCUAGAGUAACCCGCCGUAAUAUUGCUGGAACAUUGCUAACAGUGGCGUAAAACCACACUCACUCACCCCCUAAGAAUGACGACAACGAAUGCAAACUGUUGCUAUGACGACGUGGUACACCCCCUGUUCGUAGAAAUUUAUCAAAACGUUACACUCUAGUUUGGUACAUGUAAGAUAAUACAAUGACAUAACUCUGUGUUGUAUCUGUGUUGAUGUCUGUACAUAAUCUGUGUUGAUCAGCAGACUUACUUUACAGGUUCAGUGUUCUUUACAAGGGAUAUAGACGUAAAGAACGCUACAGGUGUUUGUACGGAAUAAACUGUCGUAUCGUA